AGAAGGAGGGAGCAGCAGAGGAGGAGAGAAGAGCCGCUGCUGUGUCUCCCUCAGACUCAAAUAUCACAUCUACACUCAGUGACCAUCUUCUAGUGUACAAACGCGGACACUUCCCGUGUUUUAUUUGUGUCUUUGCACGUUAAUUCCGCCGCUGACACGCGCGCCUUCAACCCGUCUGUCCGUCAACACAACACCGGCUUCGAAUGUCUAUUUGACAGCGGAGGGUAAAAAAAAAGAGAAACGAACCAACACCUUCACAGGUUUUACCUUCUCGUGGAAGAUGGACGAGGACAAUCACGUUCCUGAGGAUCUGUCCCUGGAGGAGAGGGACGAGCUGUCCAACAUCCGACGCAGGAAGAGAGAGCUGCUGGAUGACAUUGAGAGGUUAAAGUUCGAGAUCGCAGAGGUCAUGACGGAGAUCGAGCAGCUGACGUGCGUUGGAGAAAGUAAAACAUCCCAGAGAAACAAACAGAUUGCCAUGGGCAGGAAGAAAUUCAACAUGGAUCCAAAGAAGGGAAUCCAGUUCCUGCUGGAGAACGACCUCCUCCAACACACUCCAGAAGACAUCGCACAGUUCCUGUACAAAGGCGAGGGCCUGAACAAGACGGUGAUCGGGGACUACUUAGGUGAACGAGACGACUUCAACAUCAAGGUUCUGCAGGCGUUUGUGGAGCUGCACGAGUUCGCCGAUCUCAACCUGGUUCAAGCGCUGAGGCAGUUCCUGUGGAGUUUCCGUUUACCAGGUGAAGCCCAGAAGAUCGACCGGAUGAUGGAGGCGUUCGCCUCGCGGUACUGUCAGUGCAACCCAGGGGUUUUCCAGUCGACAGACACCUGCUACGUGCUGUCAUUUGCGAUCAUCAUGCUGAACACCAGCCUACACAACCCCAACGUCAGGGACAAGCCCCCCGUGGAGCGCUUUAUCUCCAUGAACAGAGGCAUUAAUGAAGGAGGAGAUCUGCCAGAGGAGCUUCUCAGGAACCUUUACGACAGCAUCAAAAACGAGCCCUUCAAAAUCCCCGAGGAUGAUGGGAACGAUCUGACGCACACGUUCUUUAACCCCGACAGAGAGGGCUGGCUCCUGAAGCUCGGCGGUCGAGUGAAGACGUGGAAGAGACGAUGGUUCAUCCUCACCGACAACUGCCUUUACUACUUUGAAUACACAACAGACAAAGAGCCUCGUGGGAUUAUUCCUCUGGAGAACCUCAGCAUCAGAGAAGUGGACGAGCCCAGGAAACCUAACUGCUUUGAGCUCUACAACCCAAACCACAAAGGUCAGGUGAUCAAGGCCUGCAAGACGGAGGCGGACGGAAGAGUCGUCGAGGGCAACCACGUCGUGUACAGGAUAUCAGCCCCCACGCCGGAGGAGAAGGAGGAGUGGAUCAAAUCCAUCAAAGCAAGCAUCAGCAGAGACCCCUUCUAUGACAUGCUGGCCACCAGGAAGAGGAGGAUAGCAAAUAAAAAGUGAUUUGACGUCUUCAUCCACACUCGAGUUUCCGUGACGAGCGGAAAUGCAGCAGGUUGUCAUGGACGGAGCUUUGUUUUCUACGUGUGAAGUUUUUUGUGGACGCCUGAUGAUGUGAAUGUGAAGACUUUGAAACUGUGACGUGGAACAGAGGAGAAGAGGAUGAAAUUGCUCCGUCUACGGACGACAGGAUGAGCAGCCAUGACUGGAACUCAGAGGAUGUUUCUUUUUGGCAAACUGUGACUGAGGCAAUGCCACCCUCUGCUGGACACACGAAGAAGUAAAAGUGGUGCACUACAAAAUUUGGCAGGGAAACCAAUCUCCCUCUGCUCGUAUGGCAUUUGCUUUCAUUUCAACAUCAUGUCCUUCAACAGUUGCUAUGUUCUGUCCUCUAACUGCAGAAAAACCUCAUUUUUAAUUAUUUUAAAUCAGCUGGUCUGAUUAUUAAUGACUUUACCUGUAUAUGCAAACACUUAUUUUAAUUUGUUUUGGUGAAAUAAAGCCAAACAUUUAGUGGUUUGACCCUUUUAAGCUACAAUCAUACACCAUACAUGCAUUAUAUAUAUAUAUGUAUAUUUGUUUUGUACUGUUGUGUAUUGAAGAUCCACAUCUGUGAUUUAAA